CUGGUCCACGCUUUACGACUGACAUCUGACAUAUCUUUUCUGUGUAGUUGUCACGGACAGCCGGAGUAGUUGUAAAGCCGAUUUGAUGUAGAGGGUUCCUGGGGGAUGGCUGCCUGAUGACGAGGGCGGCCGUAUGCCUGGCACUAUCACGAAACCGGAUACUGACUGCAUGUGUGAAGAAACAUAAAGAGAUGGCCUACGAUGAGUUUGCGAGAGUUAUUGGGAAGUGCCAAUACCACUGAAGUUAUUCUAAGAACAUACAAGCAGCGCAACCAUGACCGAAGCCGCCCCAGUACAAGAUUCGGCUCAGGAAGAGCGCAGUUCUGUGCAGCAGAUUCUCGAGACCAAAGAAUAUGAAAAGAAUCCCGAGUUACUACCAUGGUACACCAAAGAGCUUGAGGAGCCAAGUCCUGCGACAAGAAACAUUUUUGAGAAGUAUAGCAAGAUACCACCGGGGGACGUAGUCACUCAUAUUAAACGUGUGAGAGAUGACGCAUUUACGGUUUUCCCGUAUCCUUGCCUGGGAAACUGGGGCUUCUUGAAUUUCUCCAUUGGGGUGAACCCCGCCUACCAGGAAGUUCUCAGUCGGAUCAAGAGCGGGGAGAAAUUCCUCGAUCUGGGGUGUUGUAUGGGCCAGGAUAUCCGCAAGUUGGUUCAUGAUGGCGCCCCCUCAGAGCAUAUGUAUGCAUCCGAUCUCAAGAAGAACUUCUGGGGGAUUGGUUAUGAUAUGUUCUUGGACAAGUCAACCCUGCAGACGCAAUUUGUGGAAGCCGACAUCUUCGACACCGACUCGGCGCUGAAGCAGAUGGAUGGGAAGAUGGACGUGAUCAACGCCGCGUCCUUCUUUCACCUGUUCGACUGGGACCAACAGGUGAAGGCAGCCAAGCGUGCUGUUCAGUUGUUGAAGCCAGUAUCUGGAAGCCUUAUUGUUGGACGACAGGGCGGCAAGCCUGAAGCUGGCAGUUUCGCACAUGUCAUGAAGGAGAUGACUGCUUUUUGGCACAAUCCUGAGUCGUGGGCGAAGAUGUGGAAGCAGGUUGGAGAUGAGACUGGAACAGAUUGGGAGGUUCAAGCUGUACUUGGCGAGGAAGAUCUAUCAAAGAGGAUGAAGACUAGUCUGGUGCCUGCUGGUACGAGAUUCAUGACUUUUACUAUUCGUAGAGUGUAGAAGACUAGUCGGACGAAUACAUUGGCUGGCAUAGCAUCGUGGCAGCCAGAUGCGGAUGCGGAGCAGCAGCCAAUGAGCGUCGCUUAGGGUCCGAGCAAGGAAGCCAAACUCAAUCUGGCUUCAUCACCACCAUUGCAUCUUCAAUCUAGAAGCCAU